ACUUAUUUGAUCAACUUCCUUAUUUCCGUAUCUAUAGAAAAUAAUUUAUUUGAUCAACUUAUUAAAGUUAAGUAUUUUACUUGAAAGGAAUGGAUGGAAAUUGCACGUGAAGAAACCUAGGAAAAAUUGCCGUGAGAAAUAGUACACCAUCGUUUCGAUUCAAAAUAGGUCUGCCAUCGUAGAGCCAUGUACUUGGAAGCAACCGCGAAUCUAUUUCCUUUUUAAGUUCCAACCGAUUCAAAAGUACCGAUUACUCCUUCCCUUAUCUGUAUUUCCUUGUCCUUUUCACAUUCAGUGGCUGAAAACAAGGUUUCUAUAUCCGAAUUGGGAUUAGUGCACAUUUAGGGCUCGAAUAUUCCUCUUCGCUUUCAAUUUCUUAUUUUUGAGGAAAUUGUAAUGGCCGCCGCCGCGGCUUGCAAGCGAUUGGCACAAUUGGGAACGAGGUCGGGGAUUGCUAUGCCCAUAACACAAUUUUCGAGCUUUGGGGCUUCAAAGUCGUUCUCUUCCAACUCAAGUCUCAGAUCAUUUUCCCAAUUGGUGAAAUCAAAUGGACAGCGGUUAUUCCUCGUUGAUACAUUAGCCCUUGUUAGGAAACUUGAGGGGCAAGGAUUGCCCACAAAGCAGGCUGAGGCGAUAACUGCUGCCAUAACUGAAGUUUUGAAUGACAGUCUAGAAAAUGUAGCAGAAUCAUUAGCAGAGAUGCAAAGGGUGAAACCCAUGUUUAUAUUGUUCUUUAUUUGGCUCCUUUGUGAAGUUUACUACUCUCAGGGACAUCAUUACUCCUUGCUGCAACAAGAGACUGAAAAACUAAGGAAUGAUAUAGAGAAGAUGCGCAGUGAAUUGAGGUAUGAGAUAGAUAAAGUCACAGCUGGGCAACGAUUGGAUUUGAAUCUUGAAAGGGGGAGAAUAAGGGAGGAAUUGUCUAAUCAGAAUGCCGAAACUAACAAUCUGGCUAACAAACUUGAUAGAGAGGUUCAUGCUCUAAAGGCACAGUUAGAAGCAGCAAAAUAUGAUGUUAUAAAAUAUUGCAUAGGAACUCUUGUCUCAAUAUCUGCUGUUGGACUUGCUGUUCUCCGCAUCUUGAUGUAACCAGGUUGUAUUCCAAUUUAACAAAUAUUGUAUGUUCUAUAAAGAGCAAUUUCACCGAGUCACUGUAAUACAGAAUUUGAGGAGCAGAAGAUAGAAGCUCCCAUUAGACACCAGAAGGGGCCAUUUUUUAAAGCCCUAUUCUUUUCAUAUUCUUUUGUUCAUUUGCUUUCCAUUGCUUGUGGAACAUUUCCUCAAUUUGUACUUGCCUGUCAAACUUGGAUUAUAUAGCAAUAUUGGAUUGAAGUCUGAAACGUAUGAGGUUACGUUUCUUCUCUCUCUCUGUCAUGCUUCUACUCAAGUCACUGGAGUUGCUUAUGCUUAGAAAUGCCGGGGGAAGUAGCAGAGUCAUCGGAAUCGCGGUUCUGCUUACCACCUAUGUUUUGAGAAGAAAGUUGGUCCAAAGCUUAGUUUUGUUGUGCAAUGCAAAACCCAACUUGGAUCCGAAGCAUAAUCUGCUAAGGUGGUGUUGGAACCUUAGAUUUUCUUCCAUUUUUCUCUCUCUUUGCUUCUAAUGUGUGUAACCCAUCAUGUCUUUUUUUCUAUUUAAUCACUUUGAUAGGUGUUAUUCUAUUAGAAGAGGGAUAAGGAUAUGUCUGGAAAUAAGUUUAUUGUUUUGAUAAAAAACAAUAAGAGGAAGUACAGAGAGAAGAGAGUGGCGAUGGAACUGAAAUGAUUAAUAAAAUUGGUUUAUUUUAUUUUA